UAAAGGCCUUGCUCAAUAUACCGCCACUUUCUUCAAACAGACUUCCUCAACCGAACGCCUCUCAAUCUUCCAACACAUUAUGGACCCGCCGUUUGAGUUUGCCAACGCACCCAGCAUCGUGCGGGCGCACCAAAAGGACUCAUACUUUGAGCUGGCGCUCCGGAGUCAGCUCCAGGACGUGCUCCAGAUUUUUACAGGCCAACGGUUCAUCCACACACACCCGGAAGAGAUCACCAUCUUUGCCAAGGCGCUCUACUUAGGGGUGACAACCCUUCUCGGCGCCAGAACGCUCGGCGAAGAGUACGUUGACUUGGUGUAUGUGAAUCGUCAAGGCCGCAAGUUUCCCCGGAUGGCUUCCAAACUCGGGUUUAUCGCCUCGUACGCCUUACUUCCCUAUGUGGUCAGCCGCUUGGUUAAACUUUUCAAGCCCCAGCAACAGCCUGAAACGAAAGAAGCGAACCACUCCCUCAUCCAUCUGUUAGUUUUCCGUUUGCGAUCUGCAGUGUCACAGUUGUCCUACGCAAAGAUCCUAGACCUUAUCAUGAAUCUCCACAUCGGAUUGUUCUACUUUUCCGGCAAGUACUACCAGCUCCUGAAACGGCUUUUCGGGUUGCGCUAUGCGUUUGGCCACAAGGUUGACAAGGAGAAGCUCGCCAACGGCAACUAUGAGCUCCUCGGGGGGCUAAUCUUUGCCCAGCUAGCGUUCAAAGCUGUCAGCGCCGUAGCUAGGUAUUCCAACGACGUGUUAAGUCAUAAUAGGGCCGUGACGCUUUCAGAGAAACCCCCUGGUGAGGUUACCCGUAUCUAUGGGCUCCAAAAACGCAUACAGGAUGGGAUCGACUUGGCAAACCCGCUGGCAUUGCCCUAUAUUCCGGAGGUCUCUCGAAAGUGCAUGCUCUGUUUGUCCUACAUGGCCCAGCCCACCUGUGCUCCGUGUGGUCACGUCUUCUGCUGGUCAUGCAUUGGUGACUGGUGCCGCGAACGGCCCGAGUGUCCGCUCUGUCGGCAGCCUGUCUGCGAGCAGCAAUUGUUGCCAUUGGGGUGAGGAGGUUGCAGCGGUGACUGAGAUGGAACGUGCGUUAAAAUGUGCUGUCUAUUGCAAGGAUCCAGAGUCCCAUAAACAUCCAAGACCAUGACAUGCUCCAACGACUCGCUUAGCGUCUCUGUUGAUCGUUACAACGUGGAUACACUAGAGGUGUAACGUUCGUUUCCGUCGGACGUUGAAUCAUAUUCCUGAGACCAAAUGGCUUAU